GCUUCAGUUCAGCAAUUUAUUUUGUGUUGUUAAUUCCACAACUUACCAUCGCCAUUCACAAAGACGUUGUUUCCUGAUCCGACCUCAAACUCCGCGUCAUCAUCACCAGAAAAUGUGCAUCGCUCGACGGCACAUCUUCGAAGUGCAUUCCUUCUGCUAUCGCGGCUAGUUUUGUUACGCUCUGCAACGAACGAAAAAUCCCUCCGCCUAGUCCCGUCGCAGGUGCUGACGUCGAAGUUUCGCAACGCGUUUGUUGUGAACCACACGAAGGCCACGCAUUUUAAGCUAUUGUUUCGCGAGUUUUUUUUUGUUUCGCUCGUGUCCGGGAUUGCUAGCCAAAAAAGUGUGUCGUCAUUGUCCCAAAUGGUUGGCUAUCGACGGAGGCCCCAGCAGCACCAACCUCAGCACGUAAACAUCAGAUGCAGUGCAUCGUGCAGAUGAUUGUUGGCUAGCGAGAGGCAGAAGAAGAAGAAAACGGAAGAAAGAGAAGCACGACAAACCUGCCUCAUCAUAAAAAAAACAUAGUGUGCCGUGCCUUUUGCUGUGAUCGUCUCCCCGGCAGGCAGUAUCGUUUAUCGACAACCUGCACCCACUUCCAUGUAGUUAUCAAAUUCCGCCCUGUCUGCCCUGCCUCGUUGUGCCUGUGGUGUAGGUCUCGCACCAUCCGACUGUAGUGUUUGUUUCGAAAGUGAAAUCAGUGAUAAAAAUUUAUGCAUGUCGCACCCGACCUGAAAAGCCCCACAGUCGAACGAAGUGCGACAUCGUAUAAAGGCGCCUAGGGAAACAUCAGGGUAGCAGCAUUAUUCCCGAUCCCCGUGUCAGGUUGCUACCGCAUCGAGUUCAAUGAAUAGUUCCGCAGUGGUGCUGGGGCAGGCUUCUGACCCGGGCACAAUUCUUGCCGGCGAGGGUAACACCGAAUGGCAGACGUUACACUGCAGCAAAGAUGCGCUGACGGAUUUGUUCGGCUGGUUCCUGCAGGGCAUACUGGCCACACUCGCCUUUACCUGCCUUAUCGCUAAACGCUUCUGUGAACCACAGUACAAUCGACGCUCGUGGGAAACCUGGUGGUACGAUACGUCCAAGCAGGGCAUCGGUGCCUUGGUGAUCCAUAUGGCCAACGUUUACUUGGCCCCAUUAUUUCAAGGAGAUCCCUGUACCUGGUACAUUAUCAACUUCCUGCUAGACUCCACGAUCGGGUUGUUUAUUAUUUACAUCGGCAUUAAAACCUGUCAGUAUUUGGCGCGGAAGAAGAAAUGGGAUGCCAUCAACUUUGGUGAAUAUGGUGCACCAAAAUCUUGGUUUUAUCAAACGUGUAUCUACGUGUGCCUGAUGGUGGUCGUUAAGCUUAUAACGACGCUCAUCAUUCAGUUCGACGUCUGGGACAAUGUGAAAAACUUUGUUCUCUCACCAUUCAAGGAUCCGCGGAUAGAGCUAGCGGUCGUGAUGCUGGUUAUACCGUUCUUCGUGAAUAUCCUUAUCUUCUGGGUAACGGAUAACUUCCUGAUGAGACACACGCGCAAGAAGCGCAACACGGCGGCCGGCAGCUCGCACCACGCUCACGGCCGUGAGCAUAGUUUGCUGCAAAAAGUAAAAUACAAAAUGAUACACAAAACCAAACCAAAUGACUCAGAAUCUGAUACUCUUUUGUCAGGCGAUGAAGAAAUUUUAAGCUUCAGUGCGCCCAACGGCGGUGGUGGUGGUGUUGGUGGGCACGGCCUUGUCAGUGGCCGAUCCGUCAUGGGACGCCACUAUCAUCACCACACCACCCAUCAAGCUCCUUUCCAUCAUCAUCAUCAGCAACAUCACACAUAUCUGCAGACGACGUCGAUUGCAGCGGACGGAUCGCUGUCGAUGUCGGCACAAGGGGUCGGCACCGGCAUUGGCGGUGGUGGAAGCGGUGGAGGUAGUUCAUCCUCCCUACUAACCCCACUAGACAUGGACACGGCAAUCAUACUGACCUCCACGCGGACCUCACCCGGUCCCACGAACCGACAAAGCACAGUUCAACAGCGCACCAGUGUCAUUAACAUUUAAGCAUCCAGCUCCUUCUGUCCGCGCUCCGUACGUACGCAACGCAUAGUUGCUAAUCACGCCGGUAGCAACAGGCAAAGCGAUUGCGCCCUUAAUAGGACCCAUGUUUUCUGUGUUCCACGCAUUACACGUACCUUGAAGCAUUCGCAUUCAAACUACAAAGUCUGAACAAUUAACAUUAACGAACGGUGGCCCAUCUGCGAACGGGCAUCCAACGGAGGCGAGCAGAUUAGCAGAAAGUGUUACUAAAAGAAAACAGGAAUGGAAUUGAACAGAAGGUGCAAUCGGGACGUGGGAUAUGAGAUUUGUGUGUGGCUAACUGAUGGAGAUGCUAGGGGGAGGUGAUGCAUGCGGACCUGCCUGCCUGCCUCACGUUCUGUUGAUGUUGUUGAUGUUGAUGAUUUGUUUAACCGUGUUGAUAGGACCCAGAACAUUGUGAUAAAGAGUGAGAGGAAAGGCAUUAAUGCCAAGGUUCGCUAAUUCGUCCAACCCGCCUUCCCGAAGCAGAAGCAACACCGAUGAGCCUACGGGUUUUCGUAAUGUCAGCAGUUAACGGUGCAGUUGGCAAAGGACGGUUUAAACACACACACACCUUUGCUCUCACUUUGAUAUUCGGUGGAGGAGAAAUCUGUACUCUAGCGCAUAAGUUGAUGGUUGAAUCGUUCCGAUGAACGGUCAAAAGGGUAACAGAGUUAAAGCAAACACACAAUGGCUUCCAUUUUCCGAAAGAUGAUACACACAGCAACAUAAACCUCCGAUGGGAUUUGCAGCAGCAGAAAAAAAGACAUUUCCCUGUUACAAAACGGGCGAUUAUUGGGCGAUACAACAAAAAAGAAAGAAUAGUUUCAAGAGGCAUGCAUUGAACGAAGCUAACGAAACAGGGAGCGGAAGAGAAGCGAUAAAAGGUAGUACACGUGAAAGGAUUUAUGUUCGAGUUUGAAUGCCUUUUAAGGAACCGGGCCAGAGAUGAGCGAAGAACUUACCUGUCUAGAAGGGAGCUAGGUUGCAGCCAGUGCAGUAGCGUUUUACCAGAACUGUCUCGCUGCUGGGUCAUUACUAUAUAUAUAUACACACACAACCACAAAGGAAAACACGCGCUAUAAUUAAUUGUUCUAUUUUAUACCUAAUUAUACAUCGAGUAGCAAGUAAGGAAAAAGUGGGCGAAGGGAGAACUAUAGGAGAGCCCCGAACAUAUUAUGUAUACAAGCAGGAAUCGAAAACAACGAAUUGGAACAACGAAA